AUGCUGCGGUUCAUUCUAGUGCAAAAUCGUCAAGGCAAAACGAGAUUGGCAAAAUGGUAUGUACCUUACGAGGACGAGGAAAAGGUGAAAUUGAAGGGCGAAGUGCAUCGCCUGAUAGCGCCAAGAGACCAGAAACAUCAGAGUAACUUUGUGGAAUUUCGAAACUAUAAAAUUGUAUACCGUCGAUAUGCUGGAUUGUUCUUUUGUGUUUGUGUGGAUGCCAACGAUAACGAACUGUCGUACUUGGAGGCCAUUCAUUUCUUUGUGGAGGUGCUGGAUGCAUUCUUUGGCAAUGUGUGUGAACUGGAUCUAGUGUUUAAUUUCUACAAGGUGUACGCCAUUUUGGAUGAAGUGUUUCUAGCAGGUGAAAUUGAAGAAACAAGUAAAAAUGUGGUUCUAACAAGACUUGAUCAUCUGGAUAAAUUAGAAUAA